AUGUCCCUAGGAAGUAAUAAAUUGUUUUACGAGGGCCAGCGGCCGAGAACUCAAAGUUGCAUUACUGUACAUUACUCGUUUUCCAGGUAUCUGGGCGUUUGCCAUCCAUUUCGGGCCAAACGAUGGGUCAGCGGCAAACCGGUAAAAACCGCAAUUAUAGGAUCAAUUGUAUUCAGUAUCCUGAUCAAUAUUCAUACAUGGUUAGAUAGGAAUCUGGACAUAACAAAGUGCCUCUCAAAGGAGUUCGGCCAGACCGUCAGAAGUAUCACUUUGACGUCCUUGAAAUCCAAUGAGGCUUACAACAUUGUAACUAAAUGCAUUCUCUAUACGUUGGUGAUGUUCAUCAUUCCUUUCAUCACGCUGAUCAGUGUCAACUCGAGGAUCAUCGUCGCCUUGAAACAGAGCACCAGAAUGCGGAAUAGGCUGCCUUCCUCUCCCGCAAUGAAUCAAUCGUAA